AUGAGUGCACCGUCCUUAAAUCGACGCGGUGCUUGGCAGUCCGCCGCAGGUGCAAGGAUAACCCCCCUUACCACGGAAUAUGGACAGAUUCGAUGUGAUGGCGGUAAGCCUGACUGUGAACCUUGUCGCGUUGCUGGUGCCCGUUGCACCGUAACGCGGAGAUCACCUCCAGUACGGAGUAGCACCAAAGAACAGCUUGCCGAGGCCAAAUCACGGAUUCGGGAGCUGGAAGCUUUGGUUAUGGCCCAGCGAAACUCGCCAAAGCCGGUCGCCCUUGAUGACCGUCUGUUUGUCGGGUAUUUACAAGAUCCUCGUGAUCUUGAUACUGCUUUGACAAUGUUUCAGAGAGAGAUUACAGUCUGUGGCGUCGGAACUCCUGGCUCAACGGAGAGACAAGUGUUUUGCACCGCUGUUCUUCAACAAACUGGCUCUCGUUUUGAUGUCGAUCAAUUUGUACAAGGCUUGCCGAAUGCGUUCGGCACUCGAGACCCUCGAGAUUCGGAAAAGGCGAGAACACAAAAAUGGCCCCCGCGGCACUUGGUCCAGCUCUGUAUACACCAGUACGCUAAGACAGGGCUGUACUCUGUCCAUCCUGUUGCCAAUGUUAAAGCAUUACAGGCGUUGCUCGAUGAAAACACCCUCGAGACCCAUAACCUGACAAACCACAUCGCAAAUUUGGCCUGUUUAGUCGCUUUUACUGCUCAGGUAACGGUAAUGCAUCGCCUAGAGUCCGCUUUUUCUGGUGCGGACCCGGAUGCUUACCUACGUGCUGUACUGUCACUGGUACCCCGAUUAAUAAUUGAGGAACAUAGCGUGCGAAGCCUAGAGGCGUUCAUUAAUAUUGCUACGUACCUUGGCCCCCUUGGCCAUACGAAAACAGUGGAUUCACUGCUGGCAGUCGCCGUUCGAAUCAUUUACAGCUUAGGAGCCCACCGACCGAGCGUUGUUAUUGAGGAGGAGGGUGAGCAUCUACGUAAUAUAUUUUGGUAUAUCUAUGGCUUCGACAAAACCCUGGCCAUUCGCUUUUGUCGACCGCCGCUGUUCAACGACGUCGACUUAGACUUGAGGCUGCCGGACGGCUACGUUUCAUCCUGUUCAGACGACCAUUUUUUCAUGCGGCCUCUAUCCUCUCAACAUGUUAUAUACCCGUCCGACCUCCGCAUGAACUUGAUCAAGUCCAAGAUUCAUACACUUCUUUACUCCGAUCAUGGCCGGGCUCAACCUGGAGCCAAACGGCUUCAGCAUAUCCGCGAAUUAGACGAAGAACUAAGUGCUCUUAAGUCCAGCUUCCCGGAUAGCUGUUGGCCCGAUGUAUUUGCCACUGGAACAACGCCGGACUACACUUUUCAUGAUCUGAGCCUACGCGGAGUUAACCUGCACCUCGAUUACUACUUUUGCCUGGGGAAAAUCCACGGAGCCAUCAGCGCAUACGGGUCUCAGAGCUGGUCUUUUCUUCCUUCUAGCGCGGAGCUGUUCUACCAGGAAUCACGCAUCAUACUUCUCUAUGUAUCUCGCGUACGACAUGCGCUAAAUUGGCACACUUUUUGGUAG